GCUAAGCGGCACCACUUGGACAGGCAACCACAUUCCAUUUUCACAAGAUUAAUAAUGGAGGAUCACCAGAAGGAGCUACACUUUCUAUCUACUCACACAAAUGCAGCAAACUCCUCAUCCUGGCCAUCAGAUUCUUCUGCAAACAUCCGAUCAUCGGAAUCAUUGGAACAUCCUUCUUUGGACCUACAACUCUCAAUCAGUGUAAGACCUAUUAAGCCACCUUCACAAGGCGUCCUAACAAGGGCAGUCAAUCAUAAUAAUCACUACAACGAUGUCCGAUUCGAUUCGGGCUACGUUGAGGCUCUUAAAUGGCAAGCUGCUGAGCAAAUCCGGUUGGCAGCCAUAGAGAAAGCGUAUGCUGAACGUGUGAGAGAACUUACUAGAAGAGAAAUAGAGAUGGCUCAGUCGGAAUUUGCACGUGCGAGAAGUAUGUGGGAGAGAGCUAAAGAGGAAGUUGAAAAAGCAGAAAAGUUGAAAGAAAGAGCAACUCGUAGGAUUGAUCCUACGUGCAUGGAAGUUACAUGUCAGUCUUGCAGUCAAAAAUUUCGACCUCACUGAAUAUAAGAUGUUAAUUAAUGAAGGUGCGUUCUAAUAAGAGUAAUUAAUAUAUGUAUUUUGAGUUUAUGAAGGGGGAGCUGAUGAUAAAUAAUCUGUAGAAUGCUGAUGAUAAAUAUUCUGUAGAAUGCAUUCUUUUCUUUUGUUGGGAAUUCUGCAAGAACUUAAAAGUGGAAUAAUUGAUGUAUGAUUCUUUUGUUUUCCGUUCUUUCAUGAUCAAUUGAUGUUAACUUAUAGUAUCCUGAUCUUGGCAGAAUUCGAUUAUGUAUGAUUAGUUCUUCCUUUCUUGAGGUAAUGUAAUCUUCAUAAUAUUGGAAACAUGAGAUUCGAUCA